GGCGGUGGCCCGGGAUGCGGAGCCGGGGGCCGCCGGUGGAGCUGCGCGGGGUGAGAGGCGCGGGGAGAGGGGGCGGCCUGCUGCCCUCCCCCUCGUCGCCGCCGGCGGGCCCCGGCAGACGUCGGGGGACCGUGCGGCCAGGCCCUCUAAGCGCCCUGACGCCUGGGGGAGACAGGUGAACCCGCCGCCCCGCGCCGCCUGGACAAACGCAUCAGAGGGGACGACCCUGCCCUCGCACAGAGGCUGCUGCUUGCUCCUGCGGGAGGCCCCCCAGCCAUGGCCCCCAGGAGCCCCCUAGAGCCCGCAGAGACUGCGCCCUGUCCCGGCCGCCGGGGCCCGCCCUCUGCAUCCCGCGGGCAGCCAGUGUGAAGCGGCCUCCCGCAGCCCCCGGCCCCUCCCCCAUGGAGGAGGAGGAAGGGGCGGCGGCGGCCAGGGAGUGGGGCGCGACCCCCGCGGGGCCCGUCUGGACCGCGGUGUUCGACUACGAGGCGGUGGGCGACGAGGAGCUGACCCUGCGGAGGGGCGACCGCGUCCAGGUGCUGUCCCAGGACUGUGCCGUGUCCGGCGACGAGGGCUGGUGGACCGGGCGGCUCCCGAGCGGCCGCGUGGGGGUCUUCCCCAGCAACUACGUGGCCCCCGCCGCGCCGGCCGCGCCCGCGGGGCUCCAGCUGCCCCAGGAGAUCCCCUUCCACGAACUGCAGCUGGAGGAGAUCAUCGGUGUCGGGGGCUUUGGCAAAGUCUAUCGGGCCCUGUGGCGCGGGGACGAGGUGGCCGUGAAGGCCGCCAGGCUGGACCCUGAGCGGGACCCGGCAGUGACAGCGGAGCAGGUGCGCCAGGAGGCCCGGCUCUUUGGAGCCCUGCAGCACCCCAACAUCAUUGCCCUUCGGGGCGCUUGCCUCAGCCCCCCGCACCUCUGCCUGGUGAUGGAAUAUGCCCGAGGGGGCGCGCUGAGCAGGGUGCUGGCCGGUCGCCGGGUGCCCCCUCACGUGCUGGUCAACUGGGCCGUGCAGGUGGCCCGGGGCAUGAACUACCUACACAGCGACGCCCCUGUGCCCAUCAUCCACCGGGACCUCAAGUCCAUCAACAUCCUCAUCCUGGAGGCCAUCGAGAACCACAACCUCGCAGAUACGGUGCUCAAGAUCACAGACUUCGGCCUCGCCCGCGAGUGGCACAAGACCACCAAAAUGAGCGCCGCGGGGACCUAUGCCUGGAUGGCGCCGGAGGUCAUCCGCCUCUCCCUCUUCUCCAAGAGCAGUGACGUCUGGAGCUUCGGGGUGCUGCUCUGGGAACUGCUGACGGGUGAGGUCCCCUACCGUGAAAUCGACGCCUUGGCCGUGGCAUAUGGUGUGGCCAUGAACAAGCUGACGCUGCCCAUCCCCUCCACGUGCCCUGAGCCCUUUGCCCGCCUACUGGAGGAGUGCUGGGACCCAGACCCGCACGGGCGGCCGGACUUCGGCAGCAUCCUGCAGCGGCUGGAGGUCAUCGAGCAGUCAGCCCUGUUCCAGAUGCCGCUGGAGUCCUUCCACUCGCUGCAGGAGGACUGGAAGCUGGAGAUCCAGCACAUGUUCGACGACCUGCGGACCAAGGAGAAGGAACUCCGCAGCCGGGAGGAGGAGCUGCUGCGGGCGGCGCAGGAGCAGCGCUUCCAGGAGGAGCAGCUGCGGCGGCGGGAGCAGGAGCUGGCGGAGCGCGAGAUGGACAUCGUGGAGCGGGAGCUGCACCUGCUCAUGUGCCAGCUGAGCCAGGAGAAGCCCAGGGUCCGCAAACGCAAGGGCAACUUCACGCGCAGCCGCCUGCUCAAGCUGCGGGACGGCGGCAGCCACAUCAGCCUGCCCUCCGGCUUCGAGCACAAGAUCACAGUACAAGCGUCUCCCACCCUGGACAAGCGGAAAGGGUCGGACGGGGCCAGCCCCCCCGCCAGCCCCAGCAUCAUCCCCCGGCUGAGGGCCAUUCGCCUGACUCCCGUGGACUGUGGAGGUAGCGGCAGCGGCGGCAGCGGUGGCGGUGGCACCAGUGGGACCUGGAGCCGCAGUGGGCCUCCCAAGAAGGAAGAACUGGUUGGGGGCAAGAAGAAGGGCCGGACGUGGGGCCCUAGCUCCACUCUGCAGAAGGAACGCGCGGGAGGCGAGGAGAGGCUGAAGGCCCUGGGGGAAGGCAGCAAGCAGUGGUCGUCAAGCGCCCCCAACCUGGGCAAGUCCCCCAAACACACACCCAUCGCCCCUGGCUUCGCCAGCCUCAGCGAGAUGGAGGAGUUCGCGGAGGCCGACGGCGGCGGCAGCGUGUCCCCCUCCCCCAACACCACCCCAUCCUACCUCGCAGUGCCGCUGCCCGCCGAGCCCUCCCCGGGGGCGCGCGCGCCCUGGGACCCCGCGCCGGCCGCUCCCCCAGCCCGGCCUGGCCACGGCACUCGGCGGCGCUGCGACCUCGCGCUGCUGGGCUGCGCCACGCUGCUGGGCGCCGUGGGCCUGGGCGCCGACGUGGCCGAGGCGCGCGCGGCCGACGGCGAGGAGCAGCGGCGCUGGCUGGACGGCCUCUUCUUCCCCCGCGCCGGCCGCUUCCCGCGAGGCCUCAGCCCGCCCGGGCGCCUCCCGGGCCGCCGCGACGACGUGGCCCCCGGCCCGGGCCUGGCGCCCUCGGCCACCCUCGUGUCCUUGUCGUCCGUGUCGGACUGCAACUCCACGCGCUCACUGCUGCGCUCUGACAGCGACGACGCAGCGCCGGCCGCGCCCUCCCCGCCGCCCUCCCCUCCCACGCCCGCGCCCAGCGCCAAUCCCCUGGUGGACUUGGAGCUGGAGAGCUUCAAGAAGGACCCCCGCCAGUCGCUCACGCCCACCCACGUCACAGCCGCCCGCGCCAUCAGCCGCGGGCACCGGCGGACGCCGUCAGACGGGGCGCUGGGGCAGCGCGGGCCCCCGGAGCCCGCAGGCCGCGGCCCGGGCCCUCCGGACCCCGUGGACUUUCCCCGCUUGCCUGACCCCCAGGCCCUGUUCCCACCCCGCCGCCGGCCCCCCGACUUCCUUGGCCGCCCCACCACCCUGACCUUCGCGCCGAGACCCCGGCCGGCAGCCAGCCGCCCCCGCCUGGACCCCUGGAAACUGGUCUCCUUCGGCCACACACUCAGCAUCUCGCCUCCCAGCGGGCCCACCACGCCGGAGAGCCCUGGGCCCCCCAGCAUGCAGCCCACGCUGCUAGACAUGGACAUGGAGGGGCAGAGCCAGGACAGCACCGUGCCCCUGUGCGGGGUCCACGGCGCCCCCUGAGGCCUGCCCGCCGCCGCCCGCCUGGGCAGCCAUGAAUGUAGCGCCCCAGGCCCCUCCUCAGCCCGCUGUGCCCCAAGGCGGGGGAGGCCCCGGGCAGGACACUCUAUUUAUUGGGGAAGGAGGGAGGGGGGACACUUAAUUUAUUCCCUUGUACCCCAGGGGGGUGGAGCCCUGUGCCCACCCUGCAGUGGGGGGAGGGUGGGCCGGGAUACUCAGGGACAGGGCAUCAUGGGGGAUUGGCACAACAUGCAGCAUUAAAGGUAACC